UCUUCUGGGUUGUUGCGCCGUGUAGUCUAGUAGAAGUUUACCGACUUCUCAGGGGUCCAUGCUGCCUCCAUCAUCAGGGCGAUGAGUAUUCAUGCGUGAUCUUCAUCUCAUACCGCGUGAUUAUUGAAAAUGAAUACCGAAAUAUGUACAUUCGAAGAAAUAUAUCAAAUUCUUGUUGUUUUGGCGAUUGAGCGAUGGUUUGUGGUAGCUACACUGCUUAUGGUUGAUGCGAGUAAUGGGGCAAAAAUAUUGGGAAUAUUUCCCUUUCAUGCCAGGAGCCAUGCCUUCGUGGCUUCGGCAUUAAUGCUGGAAUUGGCCAAUAGAGGACAUGAAGUUACAGUUAUUAGUUACAACCCUCAGAAGGAGAAAGUAGCUAAUUAUACGGAAAUCAUUGUGAAGACAACGUUGAUGGAUUUGAUGAAAGUUGAAGGAGCACCAAUAAACUUAUUUCAACAACAGAGCACUAGUAUAUUCUUGAAGGCAUUUUUAAUAUGGCGUAGUAGUCAGGAAACUUGUGAUUUGAUGCUACAAGAAGAAGAAAUUAAUAAAUUGAUUCACGCCACAAAUCUUCACUUCGAUCUGUUGAUUAUAGAAGCAUUUUUUAAUGAAUGUUUUUUAGGUUUUGUUCAUAAAUUUAAAGCUCCCCUAAUCCAUCUGUGUACAUUUGGAGGAACACAUUGGAUUGGCGAUUGGGUUGGCAAUCCAAACCCUUACUCUUAUGUCCCCGACACUUUCCUCGAAUAUAGCGACAAAAUGAAUUUUUGGGAAAGAGCAGUUAACACGAUCGUGGGAACUGGAUGGAGACUUGGGCGCCAUUACUACUACCUGCCAGGUCAGGAUUCAAUAAUGAGAAAGCAUUUCAACGAUUCUGCUAUGCCUUCAGUAAAUGAAAUAGAAUACUCUACGUCGCUCGUGCUUCUGAACCAUCACUUCAGUAUAAGCUAUCCCAGGCCGCUUAUGCCCAAUAUGGUGCAGGUUGGCGGGAUGCACGUGAAGCCACCAAAUAAAAUUCCACAGGAACUUGAGAAAUUCUUGGAUGAUGCAACAGAUGGGGUGAUAUACUUCAGCAUGGGCUCAAACUUGCUCAGUUCAGAGUUGCCUGAUAAUAAGAGAGAUGCUUUUCUUAAAGCAUUUUCUCAGUUAAAGCAAAAGGUUCUCUGGAAGUGGGAGACAGAGACUUUACCAGGACAACCAGAUAACGUAAGACUGGGCAAGUGGUUCCCUCAGGCUGAUAUCCUGGCACAUCGAAACAUAAGAUUGUUUAUGACACACGGAGGACUGCUCAGUACGCAGGAGGCACUUAACCGUGGAGUUCCUAUGGUGGGAAUCCCUGUGUUUGGCGAUCAGACACUAAACAUGGCACGUGCCAAGUCUGCAGGAUAUGGUGUUAUGCUAUCAUUCCAUAACAUUACAACAGAAUCUGUGACCUGGGCACUUAAAGAAGUUCUCGAAAAUAAUAGGUACCGUGAAAACGCCCAGCGUCUGUCCCGAAUCUACCGGGACCAGCCACUCACUCCACUGGAGCAAGCCGUGUUCUGGACGGAGUACGUGAUCAGGCACAAGGGAGCGCCUCACAUGCGCUCAGCUGCACUCGACCUCACCUGGUACCAGUACUUCCUGCUAGAUGUCAUCGCUGUUUUAGCCUUGGCUGCAGGGUCGGCUUUACUUGUAAUGUUCUUGAUAAUCAGGGCAUUACUGAGAAUCUUUUCGGGUAUCAGUAAUGUUGAUAAAUCUAAGAAGAAACAAGUAAAUUUAUUUUUGUGCGUUGGAGCAAUUCUUCUGUCCUUACAGAAGAACACGAUUGAAGGAGCAAAUGUCCUUGGAAUUUUUCCAUUCCAUGUCAAGAGUCACUCUAUAACAAGUACGGCUUUAAUGAGAGAAUUAGCUAACAGAGGACACAAUGUUACAGUUCUAAGUAUGCAUCCUCAGAAUAAAAAUGUACCUAAUUACACAGAUGUUGUUCUGAAGUCUACUGUGUUGGACUUAAUUGAUAACGGUUCUAACACUGGGUUCAGUAGACAGCGGACUGGAGUGUUUGGAGUACUCAAUGUGUUAUUCUACUUAAAUCAAGUUGUCUGUGACCGACAGUUGCAGGAGGAAGGAGUUCAGAAACUUAUUCACUCCACAGACACAUAUUUUGAUAUCGUCAUUGUUGAAGCGUUUUUCAACGAGUGUUUCCUUGGUUUCGUUCAUAAAUUCAAAGCUCCUUUAAUUCAGAUCUGUACGUUUGCCGGUUUUGAUUACAUGGGGCACUGGGUAGGAAACCCAAAUCCUUACUCUUAUGUACCAAACCCAAUUCUUAAAUUUAACGAUAGAAUGAAUAUUUGGGAGAGAAUGAUUAACACGCUUGUGGGAACAUUUGUCAGACUCCUGAGGAAUCAUUACUACUUGCCAGGACAGGAUGCAAUCAUGAGAAAACAUUUCAAUUAUUCCAAUAAUCUUCCUUCAGUAUCUGCCAUAGAACACACAACCUCACUUCUUCUUAUCAACCAUCAUUUUAGCAUAGGUUAUCCUAAACCUCUCAUGCCUAACAUUAUACAGAUUGGAGGUAUGCAUGUAAAAUCACCAAAGAAAUUACCGCAGGAUGUUGAAACGUAUCUUGACGAGGCACCAGACGGCGCGAUAUACUUUAGCUUUGGAUCGAACUUGAAAAGUUCUGAAAUGCCAGAAAGUACAAGACAAGCUUUUGUGGAUGCUUUCUCUAACAUCAAACAACGUAUUUUAUGGAAGUGGGACACGGAUACUAUGCUCGAGAAGCCCAAAAAUGUGAAGCUUGGAAAAUGGUUUCCUCAGUCAGACAUACUUGCACAUCCCAACAUACGGCUGUUCAUGACACAUGGCGGUCUGCUGAGUACACAGGAAGCUAUUGAUCGAGGUGUCCCUAUAAUGGGUAUUCCAGUCUUUGGAGACCAGCAAUUGAACGUGUUGUGGACUGUGUCUAAGGGAUUUGGAGUUUUGUUGGAUUUCAGUAAUGUCACGUCAGAAUCAGUUUCCUGGGCUCUGAAUGAAGUCCUCAACAAUCCCAGGUACCGUGAAAACGCCCAACGCGUGUCCAGAAUCUACCGGGACCAGCCACUCACUCCACUGGAUCAGGCCGUGUUCUGGACGGAGUACGUGAUCAGGCACAAGGGAGCGCCUCACAUGCGCUCAGCUGCACUCGACCUCACCUGGUACCAGUACUUCCUGCUAGAUGUCAUCGCUGUUUUAGCAUUAGCAGGUGGUUCUGUCGUCGCUAUCCUAUUUCUGGCACUCAGAGUAAUAAAACACAAGAUGUGUGGAUCAGGACGGAACAAUAAUAUUUUUGUUGGCCAGGAGAAAAAGGACGGUUAAAUUAGUGUAUUCAACAGACUUAAUUCUACUCACGAAAAGUGGCGAAAUAAAUGAUGCUUGACAAUAAUAUUUAACUUGUAAUUACUGACUAUCGUGGUCAGAAAAUAAGUGGAAAAUUCAUCAGGAUUUGAGUGUGCAUUGUGUAGUGUGUGCAAUAUCGAAAAGUAAAAAAUGCAUAAUCAUGCCCGUAUGGUAACUAACAUAGGUUAUGAGAUGCAGACAUUUUUUCCUUGGCCAUAGUCAUCCGUUAUUGUGAAAUCAGGAGAAAAAAUUGGCAGGGUGUAGUCAGUUACGUAUGUUUAUUCACUAUAACUAGCUUAAAAUGAGGCUGACUUUAAUAGUUUAGUUUCUUUGAUAGACACCAUUGUGUUGGAAAAAAAUUAAGGAUGUCCUUCAACUUAAUAUUUAGUAUUUCUUUGAAAGAGUCAUGAGGCAGUGAAUAAAUAUUAACAAUGCAUUAUUGACAUCAUACUAAUAUUGGUUGCAGAUGAUUGUGUAAUAUUCCAAUAUUCUUCACCGAUUGCUGUGCCUGGCAUUUGAAAGUACCCAUUUUGGUUAAUCAAAUGUUAUUGAACUGCCAUCGUACAAAAUUUCAGUCAUCUCAACGCAGAAUAACGGAAUCAAAAAAAUCAACAAACAUGCAUUAGGAACAAUUGACCGCAAUGUGAUUCAUUCUUAUUGCUUUUUCAUUGUUUUUAUAUUAAUUGUUCUUGAAGUAAUCUCACUGCAUUUCCAAGUGCACUGUGUUUUCGUGUUUCCGGACACAGUAUGACAUACGGAGAGGAAAUUAGUUUUAUUUUAUUCACGAAUUUAUUUAAGUAUUCAAUCAAGAGUUCUCUAUAAAAAAGGCUGUGUUUUUCCACCAUCAAGUUUCUGCAAACUGCAGGCCAAUAUAACUAUUUCUAAUAGCCUGAUUCUAUUCCUACACUGACCUCAUUCUCUGGUGGGAUAUACCCUUUUGAAUCUUUUCUGCAUGAAACAAUUUAAUGGUUUGUCGAAUUAUUUUAGGCCAAUAUUCAGACAGUACUUGAAAAGGUUAUGAUUGCUUCUUUCAAUCAUUUACAUGUCACUGAUGACUAACUGUAUCCCACACAAAAUAACCUCUACAGUUAACACAGCAUCGUGUCUUGCACGCUAGUUUGAAAGAGCUGCUGGCCGUCUUUUGCCUAUUUCAUGUUGAAUAAGAAAUUAAUAUACAUGGAUAUGAAAGUCAGGGGACUGACGUGGUAGUGCAGGGGAGAUCUUGUGAGAAUGUUUUAGCAGUACCCACGUGGUGCCUGUAGAAACUUCUUAAACGACUCAAACACGUUUCUAGAUUAACGCCAAGACGUAAUAGGAACAUCAUCUUGUGAAAUAGCAAUUUCUGUUCCCCCCUAUUUUUUAUGCAUUAUCUUUAUUUCUGAACUUAAACGAUACUGCGGACGGACAAAUUUCUAUAUUCUCCGACGCGAAUCAUAAUUCUCCAGUUGUAGGUAUACCAAUUAUGGGAUUCAGAGAUAAAUCUUAUUUUCACCUGGAAACGUGUUGUAUUAUACAGGAAUUAUGAUCACCUCUGAUAAUCUGCGACAUUUACUAGAACUGAAUUGAGACUCCGAAUGCUAUUAUCAUCGUCACUCGAAAUGAUUUAGCCAAGAUUCAUUUCUCUACUGCCUCUUCAGAAGAUCCACACUUGCGGUCUACAGAUACACAUUUGGUGAUUGAAAUUGGCCAAUCCGAUUUCCGAAACUUUGUUAUAAAUUAAAUGUAAAGUAAAAAAUGUACAAAGUAAUUAAUUUGUACAAAGUAUAAAUAAAUUUACAAUUGUGCAGAA